CUUCAGUCCGCCGCCGCACCGCCUCCUCUCCGCUGCGGGACUCACGACUCACCGCGGACGCGUCUGCACCGGGACACCGGGGGAAGAGCGCUGCAGAGGACUCUAAACCUGCCACUUGCUGCAGAACCCCUCACGACAUCUGUCUGGGGCUGCUGGAGACUCGUCCAGGACCAGGACCAGGGCCCAUCACCGCAGGGGGGCCGCCAUGUCUGUGUGAAGCCGCCGUCGUCCCGCCGCCAUGGCCCAGCGGAGCCCCGAGCGGUCCCACUGCUAGGCCUCCGGGGGGCCGGAGACAUGUGGGGACGGAGGCCCGGGGACCACCGCACUGAACCCUGCUGCCAUAGCAACGCUACCUGGAGUAACCAUGGAAACACUACGCAGCACCUGGCUGCUCUGCAUCGUCAUCCUGGCGGCCGCAGAGGUCGAGGGAGGUCGCAGCCGAAAUGAGUUCUCCCAGUCACAAGCUGCCUUCCUGUCGACUCUCGGCCGGUAUGACAUCGCCAUCCCGGUGCGCGUCGGACCCGAUGGCGAGACGCUGGACGCCGGAGACACGCCGCAGCACCCCAGAAGGAGGCGGCGCAGCACCGAAGAGAGGCCGCCUGACUCUCUCUUCUACCAGCUGUCCACGCCACGCAACAACUUCCUGCUGAACCUCACGCUGCAGGGCGGCCUGCUGUCGCGACAGUUCCGGGUGGAGUACUGGAAGAAAGGCCGCCUGGCCUGGAGCCGCCCGUACUCGCCCCGCUGCCACUACGCCGGACACCUGCAGGACCGGCCGCACGCCAGCAACGUGGCCCUGAGCAACUGCAACGGCCUGCAGGGGGUGAUAGUUGCAGGGGGAGAGGAGUACCUGAUUGAACCCCUUGUCUCUCCAGAUAACCAGACCGGGGCGGAGAGGGGGCGGAGAGCCGAGGGGCGCCCCCAUGUGGUUUACAAGCGUUCGUCGCUCCGCCACCAGUACAAGGGUCAAUCCUGUGGAGUCACUGACGAGAAGCCGAUGAAGGGCGCGUCGUGGUGGCAGCGGACCCUGAAGACGCCGCCGCACCACGUGGGCCGCGGCCAGCUGCCCCUGAAGCGCUCUGUUAGCCGCGAGCGCUACGUGGAGACGCUGGUGGUGGCCGACAAGAUGAUGGUGGGCUACCACGGCCGCCGCGACAUCGAGCAGUACAUCCUGGCCGUCAUGAAUAUUGUUGCCAAACUGUUCCAGGAUUCUAGCCUGGGGAACGUGGUCCACGUUGUAGUGACGCGGCUCAUCCUGCUCAUGGAGGACCAGCCGACCCUGGAGGUCAACCACCACGCAGGCAAGUCUCUGGACAGCUUCUGUAAGUGGCAGAAGAACAUCCAGCACCGGAGCAGCUCCGGUAACGCCAUCCCAGACAACGGCAUCGCUCACCACGACACCGCGGUGCUCAUCACCAGGUACGACAUCUGCAUUCAGAAGAACAAGCCCUGUGAAACCCUAGGUCUGGCUCCUGUGGGAGGGAUGUGUGAGCCCGAGCGGAGCUGCAGCAUCAACGAGGACAUCGGCCUGGGAACGGCCUUCACCAUCGCCCACGAGAUCGGACACACGUUUGGGAUGAACCACGACGGCAUGGGCAACGCCUGUGGGCCGCGCAGCCAGGAGACCGCCAAGCUGAUGGCCGACCACAUCACCAUGAAGACCAACCCCUUCAUCUGGUCCGCCUGCAGCCGCGAUUACAUCACCAGCUUCCUGGACUCGGGUAUGGGCUCCUGCCUGAACAACGUGCCCCCCAAGCAGGACUUUGUGUACCCCACCACGGCUCCGGGUCAGGCCUACGACGCUGACGAACAGUGCCGCUUCCAGUACGGCGUCCGGUCCCGACAGUGUAAAUACGCGGAGGUCUGCAGUGAACUCUGGUGCAUGAGCAAGAGCAACCGCUGCAUCACCAGCAGCAUCCCGGCUGCAGAGGGAACCAUCUGUCAGACCAACACCAUCGAGAAAGGGUGGUGCUACAAGAGGCUGUGUGUGAUGUACGGGACCCGUCCGGAGGGCGUGGACGGCGGCUGGGGGCUGUGGUCGCCCUGGGAGGAGUGCAGCAGGACCUGUGGGGGGGGCGUGUCCUCGUCCCUCAGGCACUGUGACAGCCCCAGGCCAACUAUUGGUGGAAAGUAUUGUCUGGGGGAGAGGAAACGCUUCAGGUCCUGCAACAUUGACGAGUGCCCUGCAGGCUCUCUGGAUUUCCGGGUGACUCAGUGCUCUGACUUCGACAGCGUUUCUUUCCGGGGAAAGUUUUACACCUGGAAGCCGUACAGAGGAGGUGGGGUGAAGACCUGCUCCCUCAACUGCCUGGCGGAGGGAUACAACUUCUACACGGAGCGCGCUCCGGCCGUGGUGGACGGCACGCCGUGCCGAGACGACUCGCUGGACGUGUGCGUGAACGGGGAGUGUAAGCACGUCGGCUGCGACCGGGUCCUGGGAUCGGACGUCCGUGACGACCGCUGCCGGCUGUGCGGCGGCGAUGGGAGCGGCUGCACGUCGGUGGAGGGCCUCUUCAACGACUCGCUGCCCGAAGGAGGUUAUGAAGAGGUGGUCCGGAUCCCGAAAGGAUCCGUGUUCAUCCACAUCCAGGAGCUCAACAUCUCCCUCAACUACCUGGUGCUGAAGAGUAAAGGAGACCAGUAUUUUAUCAAUGGGAAGCUGACCAUUGACACACCUCGCAGGUUCGAUGUUGCCGGUACCGCCUUCCACUACCGGCGGCCCACCGACGGGCCGGAGACCCUCGAAGCUCUGGGGCCGACCAACGUCACCCUGGUGGUCAUGGUUCUGGUGCGGGAGGAGAACCCGGGGGUCCACUACCGCUUCAACCCCCCCGUGAGCCGGGAGCCGCUCGCCGGCUUCGCCUGGCACUUCACCUCCUGGUCGCGCUGCUCGGCCGUGUGCGCCGGAGGUGUGCAGGUGCAGCAGGUGGUGUGCAGGAAGCAGGCGGACCACUCGGUCGCCUACAACCACGUCUGUGAGAAGAAGAGCAAACCCAGAGAGAAGAAGAGGAGCUGCAACACGGAGCCCUGCGCCCCGUCCUGGUGGACGGGCGAGUGGUCAGACUGCAGCCGCAGCUGUAACAGCGGCCUGCGGACGCGGGCGGUGUUGUGCAAGAGGAGGGUCUCCGUGACGACGGAGGAGAAGGUCCUGGACGACGCGGCGUGCGGCGCCCAGAGGCCGCCGCCCACCGAGCCCUGCAGCAGCCAGAGCUGCCCCCCCGAGUGGCUGGCAAUGGACUGGUCCGAGUGCACGCCCAGCUGUGGGCCGGGCUACCGGCACCGGGCGGUUCUGUGUAAGCGCGGCGAGAGCGGCGCCGACAUGCCGGAGUCCAAGUGCCCCAAACACGGCCGGCCCACCUCCAGGGUGCGCUGCAACCUGCAGCGGUGCCCCCCCCCGCAGUGGGCGGCGGGGCCCUGGGGAGAGUGCUCCGCCAGGUGCGGUCUGGGUCAGGAGAUGCGCUCGGUCCAGUGCCUGACGCCCGGCGGCCAGCCGGCCGGCGAGUGUCUGGACCACCAGCGGCCGGCGGCCAUGCAGCAGUGCAAGAGCAAAUGUGACCUCAGUCUGCCCAUCAGCACGGACAACCCCGAAGAGUGUAAGGACGUGAACACUGUGGCAUACUGCCCCCUGGUGCUCAGGUUCAAGUUCUGCAGCCGGCCGUAUUUCAGACAAAUGUGCUGCAAGACGUGUCAGGGCCACUGACCUCUGACCCCUGAAUCCCUGAGCCCCUCCCACUGCCUCUUCAUCAGAGGAGUGUGAGACCUGACUGGGGACCCCCCCCCCAUCCCCCCACCGCCGUCAGACUGACACCUGGUCCACUCUAGACUGUUAAAGCGGGGACCCCCCCCCCCCUCCAGAGACUCUCGGGCCGAGCCGGGGCCACACAAAAAAAAGAAAAAACGCCACCUGGGCUGAGUUUAUACAUUCCACUGGAGGGAGGGAUGCUGAAAGAGAGAGAGACACAGAGAGAGAGAGAGAGAGAGAGAGACUUCCCUCCAUCAUCUGUGUCUCUGUUGUUUCGGUGCUACUCUAUAUUUCUGGUGUGCAGUACUCUCGUCGACCUGAAGGUGUUUGUUUGUUUAAUCCACUUUUGUAAAGAAGAAACUUGUUCCCCGAUAUCUCUCUCCGCCCAUGAAGAGGAAUAUCUCAAACCUAAGACAGGAUUUGGUUUUGUUGCGUCACCUUCAGUUGUCUCUACGCCUCGCUCCCGUGGCGAUGACGUCAUCGAGUCCUCGCCGGCGUUCCAUCUGACGUUUGAUUUGCACGCCGGCGUCAGAGGACUCGAGUGUCGUCGUGUUCGGCGUCUCUGGAAGCCGUCACGCCGCCGUCUUGCCAUCGUUUAUUUGUGUGUGUUCUCGUCUUGGAGCGGAGACGUGAGGGGAGGCGCCCGGCGGGACGAGCGCUCGACCUUCAAACAGGAACUUUUAUUCCCCCGUGUCGUCUGGAAGUCGAGCGGCGCUGUCACCGCGCUGCUUUCUUUAGUGUUUUUGUUGCCACAUGUUACUGCGAGUGGGUUUCAGAGCCGGGUCGGACACGGUUGCCGGGCGGAAACGGGCCCGGGGAGGAUUUACACACCCCAUGAAUAUCUGAUGGAUUCACCACGGUCUUAAAAACCAUCCCAAAAAAUAAUUAAAGUUAUUAUUAAAGCUUACUUUAACUUCCAGGAUGAAACCAGCUCACUUUUGGGCCACAAGGGGGCAGCAGACACAACAUUCACGGCACCUUUUGAGUUGAUACUUGAACUCGUUAGCAAACAGUUCUAAUAUUAUAAUUUAUCCAAUAUUCACUGAACAUAUCUGACUCUUUAGUUUCUAAAAACUAUGAGAUCAGGGAACCAAAACAUUAAAGUUAUGAACGAUAACCAUGAAGUCAAGGUUUCUAGAUGAAUCACUACUUUUCACAUCAUUCCAUACGUUGGUAUCUUACACAUAUUGAUUAUAGCUGCUCUCAUGAAUCAAUGGACUCAGUGUAAAGUCCUCUAAACCCUCCGACCCCCCCUCGUCAGCUUUCUAAGGACAGAAAUGUGAUUUAAAAACACGUCACACAACCCAAAAUCUGGAAAACCUGAGUUAUAAAAAAAAAAAAAGCAGUUUCAGCUGUUUCUCCUGAAUAUUUUAAGAAAAGCUGUGAGGUCAUCGCUGACGUCCUGACGUCUCCUCUCGAUCCUUCCAGCUGGACUCUUGUGUUCCACGACGUCUUUUCAAUGUAAAGAAGCUGCCGUUCGUCUUCAAGGGGAUUCAAGAUUGUUUAUUCCUGUGGUGCUUUAUGUUGACCGGUGCUAUCGCCUCACUGUUGUUACUGUUAUCAUUUUAACAAUUGUGCUUUUUAUUAUUUUUGUAAUUAAUUUGAGCCUUUUUUUCUAAUAUUACUAAUCUGCCCACGAGGUUCCUCUUCGGGGUUUCCUCCGUUUCUAUCAGAAUAUAUUUGCUUUUCAUUUUCACUCUUGACUUGGUUCACGUGGCCAGAAAUUAUAGAAUUAUGUCAAAUACCAGAACUAUUUCUGUACAAUUUAACUGUGCAACACGUGCAUUUCCAAGCUUAAUUCUAACAAUUGGGGGAUUAUAAAUAAAUAAAAAUCUACGAAUGAGGCAUUGAUACUAAUAAAUAAAUUGGGCUUUUUGAACAAAUUCUGGGCACUAAGACCGUCAGAAGUUAUUCCAGAAGCAUUCUGUCAUGGUUCAUGUUCUUGACAGUUCAUUUGUAUGACAUCACUGUGAUGACAUCAUCCCCCCCAGGACCGAACAGGUUGAAAAUCCCUUUCGUAUAAUUUUCAGUUGCACAUCUAAGUUUCAGAAGACGUUUCCUGUCUCAGUGCCUCAAAGGCUUUAAAGAUAAAUAACUCCUGUAUAUCUACUCUGCUCCUAUAAUGGAGGUUCACACUCAGAAGUGAGCCGACUCGUCCCAGUGAGUAAGAGAGUUAUAGUUGUUGUUUUAUGUGUUAUAAUUAUACCUUGACAUGUACUGUAUGUGUUCAAUACUAUAGAAGGUGACUCCACCCCCCCCCCCCCCAUGUACAUCUGUUUUUAAAAGGAAAUAUUAAAUUGAUUUAAACUUG